GGACCAAUUAUCCAAUUUGCCUCUGUGUAACCACAGCAGUUGCUUUUGGUUACCCGCUUCUGCAGACAGCACCUGAGUUUAAUCAGCGGGUUCCACUGGUAAAGUGACCCCCCAUUGAGCACAAUUAUGGGAUUCCUCUGUAUGUGCAGACACCAGCUGAGUAUAAUCAGGUGAUUCCUGUGCAACUGCCAGCUAUAGCAAGUGGAGAUGGCCCCGCCCACUCUCUAACUCUGCAGACUGGAAACUCUGUCCAGCAGCCUCUGGUAAGUACUGCUAUCAGUAAAACUUGUGAGGCCUGUUAACUAUGAACCUGGUGUCCUGCAAUAUGUGGCAUUAGAGACCUACUUACAGCCUGGCAUUAGGAGCUACAGGUGUUGUUGGGCUACAACCUCCAGAACCCUGCAGAGCAGUUUGUAAUCCAUCACUUCCAUUUCAUUGGAUACGCCUCUAGUCAUUGACAAAUAUUCCUGAUCAUUUAUUGUUCUUCCAGUAGUCAGUGGAGUGCUUGGUCCUCUGUGGCACAGGUGGACUAUCAUACAUAAAUACUACAACAAGGAUGAAUAGAUUUAAGGUGUUCGGCUUUAUAGUUACUGCAUUAAUCUUGGGCUUCAUCUUCAAGACCGCCAGAAAUCAAUCAACCCUUCCUUAUAUUAUUUCCUAUAUGAUAAAACCUUUAACCAAUACUAGUAUGAAUCCAGAGAAUGUUCUAAAAGAAGGGAAUGGAGUUAUAUUUUUGGAGACUACUGACAGAAUGCAGCCACCUCCUUUAGUGCUAUGUGCUAUUGAGUCUGCGGUCCGUGUGUACCCUGAUAGACCAGUGGUUUUCUUCAUGAAAGGAUUAACAGACAUUACCUCCGAAGAGGAUGAGAAACGAGCAAAGGAAAAAUUUCCAUCUCUGUCUUUUGAGAAUGUCUACAUUUUCCCACUCAGAAUGGAGGAAUUAUUUAAGGACACACCACUUCUUAAGUGGUACCAAAAGGUUGAUCCCAAAAAGGAAAGGUUCUGGAUCCAUAACCUCUCUGAUGGCUGCAGGAUGGCUAUGAUAUGGAGAUAUGGUGGUUUAUAUUUCGAUGCUGAUGUGAUCUCAAUGCGACCAAUCCCAGAAAAGAAUUUUCUGACUGCUGAGCACCACCAUACAUCUGGCAGCAGUGUUUUUGGUCUCACACCCCAUCACAGUUUUGCGUGGAGAAGCUUAAAUGACUUUGUACAGAAUUAUAAUGGAGAUGUGUGGGGAAAUCAAGGCCCGACUUUGUUCACACGGGUUCUGGGACAGUUGUGUGAAUUACAUGACUUUAAAUCUCUAGACAAUUUUGUAUGUGGAAAUAUCUCCUUCCUGCACCCUGAACGCAUCUAUCCUAUACCAUAUGCAAACUGGAAGAGAUUCUAUGAGGUUUGGGAUAAAUUACCAACUUUUAAUAAUUCGUAUGCUUUGCACCUCUGGAACUACAUGAAUAGCCAGGAAAAGAGGACUGUGAAUAUAGGCAGCAACACGUUAGUAGAGAAUCUCUAUAAACAGUAUUGCCCAUCCAUGUAUGGACUUCUUGCAAAAAAUGCAACAACUGCAAAUCAGCACACAUAAAUGUUUUUCAGGGCUGUUCUGGAAACCAAAAAUAAUGGGGUUAUUUAUUAAGCUUCAAAUUUUUCUGGUCGGACUUUUAAAGGGGAAUAUAUAAUUUGUUUGGAGAAAAAACUCAAUGGUGUUAAAAGUCCAAUAACAUAAAGUACUCCAACUCAGACCUGCUGAGAACAUAUAUAGAUCACACAUUUAUGUUGAUAGUAAUCAGUAGAAAAGUAGAAAAAUCUCAGGUUUCUUAGUAGAACUCACCGGUUGUGAAGGGUGGUCCAGGUGCACCACCCUGAACCCUCAGCUUGAACCCACCGUAUACAGAAAAAGGCAGGUACUAGCAGAGACCAGUCUUCUAGUCAGGUUUUUUAAAUUAUUCAGUAGUUGAUUUCAGUACACAAGGAUACAACGUUCCGACGGAGGCGUGUCAAUGCCGGUGUCCAUUUCUGGUGUCCAAUCGACUAGCGAGAUGGCGCUGGCAUCACAGUGCUGUGACCAGGAGGAACCACAAGGAGAGGCAGGGGGCCACCAUCUUAGAUCGAGGAAUGCCGUCGGUGAGUUGUUUCCCUUACAGAUAGGCCUAUGUUUAAGUAUCUGAGUGAUAUGAAACGCAUAAGGCUGUAUCCUUGUGUACUGAAAUAAACUACUGAAUGAUUUGACCAGCCUGACUAGAAGACUGGUCUCUGCUAGUGCCUGCCUUUUUCUGUAUACUGCUGAGAACAUGUAAAAGUCAAUGGCAGAUGUAUCGUUAACAGUUGGAAGAUUUUCUGGAAGAGUUGUGCUGGGCUUCCGAAAAAAUCGUCCAAACAAGAAAAAAUGUAUGAAAUUUAUCAAUAAAUGGGGGGGGGGAGUCUGUGCGGAUUUGGUCAAAGUAGUUUUCAGAAA